UGUCUAGAGCGUAGAGUCGUUUAGUAGCGUGCGAUAGCUCGUCCCAGAAGGGUACUGACAUUCUGACUUAUCUUUUGUGUUUGUGUAACUGAAAGUAACAACGAUUUAAGCCGAGGAACAACCAUGCGAACGUCGGCAGUCCUCAUAUUUGCGAUAAUUUGCUGCGCAGCAGUCCCAGCACAAUCGCAGAACCCACAAGCAACGUUUACCUAUCUACUUAGACGUUCGACCACACCCAACCCUCGGAGGCUUGCCAAAACCAACACGGGUCGGCUUUCGAGCAGAUCUUCGGCCCUUACCAGCCCAACUGCGGUGACCCCGGCCAGAAACGAUGCCCAACUGUCGGCUGCCGUCGCCGACCUGGCCUUUGCCAUUGGGCAGCAUUCCAACGAUCUGGACGUGGCUGCGGACAUUUUCUCACCGGUCAGCAUCAUGGCCGUGCUGAAUCUGCUGCUGCUGGGCGCCGAAGGCACGACCUACCGGGAACUGCUUGGGGCACUCCGAUUGGGGAAUGUCCCCAUGAAAGAGUAUCACCCGAGGGCGGCUGGAAUGACCCGGAAUCUGUUGGCGGAGAAUUCGCUCGAGCUGGACCAGCUGGCAUGGAAGGGAAAAAACUGUGUGGUGUACGAGUACGAGGAUGAUGAAGAGGAAGAGGAGGUACAGCCCGUGAAGUCAAAAACCAAAGAGCUGCGCAUCGCCAACGCCAUCUUCACCCAGAAACAGCUGCCAAUCAACGCGAAAUUUGUGUCCCUAGCCAACCAGCUGUACGGCGCGAACACUCAGGCGGUGAACUUUUUAGACUCUCUGUCGACGACCUCCCUCAUCAACAAGUGGGUCUCCCAGGCCACCAACGGUCGGAUCCGCGAGGUCACCAACGGGCAGUUCUCGCCCGAGACCAACAUGGUCAUCGCCAGCUCGCUGUACUUCAAGGCCACGUGGAUGACGGAGUUCACCGCGUACGCAACCCGACCUCGUGACUUCUUCCCGGACGGAUCUUCCCGGGGUGGGGCCGCGUUCAAGGUGGACAUGAUGUCCCUGACCGAGUGUCUGCCGUUCUACUCGGACAAGGCCAGCGGCAUCAAAAUGGUCGGUUUUCCAUACAGCGACAACGCCACCACCAUGUACGUGCUGAUGCCCAAAGACUCGUCUCGGGCGAAGCUUCGUAACCUUCAGAAGCAACUCUCGGCCAAACAGCUCGAUUCGAUGAUCUCCGGAAUGACCCGGCGAACCACCACGGUCAACUUCCCCCGGAUGCAGCUGGCCAGCAGUACAAACCUGGAGAAGUCGUUCCGUCGACUGGGCAUCAAAACGCUCUUCAACGCCCAGCAGAGCAACCUCAACGGAAUGCUGGACCAGUCGGCCCGCAACAAGAUCCCGCUGUUUGUGAGUCAAAUCAACCACAAGGUCAACCUGAGUGUGGACGAGCACGGAACGGAGGGUGCGGCCGUCACGGUUACCCUGGUCGAUCGGUCCGCCUCGCAGGCCUACCUGAACGCGAACGAGCCGUUCCUGAUCUACGUCCGUCACGAUCCAACGCGGUUACCGCUGUUCUACGGGGCCGUGUUUGACCCACGGGGUUAAAGGGGGGAAACCCUCAAACGAUCACAACCCGUUGAUGAUGCCAAAGAAUAACAAAACGUUACGUUUAAAGCAGUGCUGACGGUGUUCUACGGAGAGGUGCCACUGUAACAAAGUAGUACUUAGGCGCAUAUGUUUUUAAUUAUUAACUCGAAUAGCAUACACAGGUGCUAAUCCUAGGAUAGUGUCCUAUUUAUAAUAGUUUUAACAUUGUUGUAAACAAUCGUGACACAGGGUACAAACUGCAACGUUUCACUAUUAAACA